AUGGUUGCUCGAAUUAUGCUCGAGAACAUCCAGCGCGGUAAUGAAGGAGAUGUACUGGAAACCAGGGUAGAGGACUUCAAUGCUAUCGACCAUGAUGAGAAUCCCCGCAGGAACGAACGAUGCGAAGAAGAAGAGCCGGCGAUCUCAAGGGGAAUGUCGCAGAGAGAAUUGCCCGAGAGUGAAGGGAGACGUGCAGUUGAGGAAGCUUCAAAUAUCGCAGAAAGUCCCGAAGUACGCGUGACGAGCACCAAGGCCGACAAAAGAAGUCGCAUGGUUAUCCAAAAGAAACAGAUAAAGAGAAAGUCCUCUGCAAGCAAGAGCAAGGAAACCUCAAAGACCGACGAGGCCAUCGAACUCGCGAUGUUGGAUGAACACGCAAUGAUAUACAGCCUUACCGAAGAUCCAGACCCCAAGAUCCAGCAGUGCUACGCCUACUAUCAGCAAAGGCUCAAGGAAUUCCCUAUUCCAAGCCACAUCUUCAGACCGCCCUGUAUACCCUGUGCCGACCUGUUCGCGAGGAUGGAUGAUGAUACCGAGACUGGCCACCUGUGUGAGAAGCAAGGCACGGGAUCUGUUCAGGUUGCCGCCAAUGUCAAGGCUUGUAAAUCUUGUGCUGGCAGGCGAGGACCGUGCAAAAUGAAUGACAUGCCUGUGCUGCUGAGAGGAAUCAGCAAGCUCAUGAGCGAGGCCAACUUCUACUUCCAUGACACAAACCGCAUGACUCCGUUUCCUAUGGGCUUGGUAUACGCUGAAGCUCGAUACUUUGAGCUGAGGAGCCGUCCUGACGUUGGUCUUAUCGAGGCCAUCAGAGCAACGCAGCAGUGUAGCAUCAAGAUCGACGGCGUCCGCAGCCAAGUCGAAGGAGCCUGGUGCAUGAUGCCAUAUCAGAUUCCUUUCCCUGCUGGACCUCGACAAACGGAGGUUUCGGAGCUUGAGAAGGGGAGGAAGGAUAUUGAAGCUCAGGCGGAAGAGAUACGGCGUCUUAGGGAGGAGAGCAGUACCCUGAACCGUAGAAAGAUUGAAUGGCGGGACAAGUAUCACGAUAUCUUGAUACGAUUAGACAGUGAGAGGGCUGCUGUCCCUGACUGGCAAACAAACCCUAUCCCUCCCCCAACAGAAGAACAGCUCGAUCGGCUUCUUCAUCGCACCUCGGAUGGGCUGCGCCGUUAUAGAUGUAUCCUCCUCUUAGUAUUUUCCAUCUUCCUUGUAUGGCUUCUUUGGACUAUUUGCACCAUUUGCCUCGAUUGGUACGAUGCGUCUAAAGGCAUCAUUCCAUUUGUCGACCUCAUGGAUGAGAUUGCCGAGAACGCUGGUUUCGCCCUUUCCGUGCUUCAGCUGCCUCUUUACACAUUCGUUCCUCUUCAAAUCUCUGGCGCUUUAGAUCCACUAAAUGGGGUGCAAUCAUCGCAGUUUGCGAUCAUUGAAGCUCGCGCGCCUAUUCACGAGGUUAUCUCCAAUUGUCUAGAAAAAGCGUCACUAGAUGACAGACCAGAGGAUGAAGAAACAAAGAAUAUCACCAGAACAUGGGUAGAUGCGUACUACAUAAGGUAUCUUGAUCAAAUGAGACGCCCUGAAGAAACAGAGCCACAAGCGGCACUACGCCUUACCAAGACAUACAUCGCUUUGAUCGAGGAGGCUUUUAUGACCCUCAGCGAUAGGCACCCAAGCAACUUCAGGAUGGCCGACUUUUCUCAAGAUAGUCUCUAUAUCUUGGAGGAAGUACCUACACGUAUGGACCAACUUCGCGAGACAAUACACCGUUUCACAAGCAGCUAUAGUGCUUUUAUGGAGGAAAUGAGCCAAGCUAUCAUGCCGCUUCAGGCCUGUAGAGAAUAUUAUAAAACGAUCGAAUACCACAAACAGGAGGCAUCGUUUGCAAAUCAACGCGCCUGUGACGCCAAAUACAUAGCCGAUCUCUACAAGCUCAGCCUAAGCAAAGCAGUUAUCGCGGAAAGCGCCGUCAAUCAUCUUUCCCGCGAGCUCAAAAGGAAAUACGUCUUGAGACUUGGAGGCGAUCUCUCGGAAGUCGCCGUUGGGCUGUCUAGGGUGCGAAACAAGCUUCAGCGCAUAAUCCGUACGAAAGAUAGGGCGCUGAAAUGGUAUCGUCGCGAGGUCAAGAGAAGGGAGAACCGCUCGGGUUGGAUGAUGAUAGGAGGCCGUGGUGGGCGUGGGAGUGGUGGUGGUGUCGCUACUGGUCGGCAAGGUGUGGUGUAUUGUGGCGUGAGCCAGAGUAUACUGACCUAUCUGUUGAGUUAA